CACUAUCUUCCACUGUCAAUUUUAGUUGGUUAAAUAUACAUAUUUGAUUUCUCAAUCACUACAAGCUCAUUUGCAGUGAUAACCUACGAAAAUAAUACGUGAAAAAGGUUUUGAUCGUGUCGUGGGCACGUGCACGUCUUGUCCAAUGAAAAAAUAAAAAGUUCCUAAACAUUUCGGAAAAACUCCUGAGAAAUCCCCGAGAGCCAGGGGAUACAAUUUCUCUGCUGUGCUACUACUUCCAAUCCUCGGAAUCCCCAAACUGCUGUCUCCCACUCCAAUAAAUAAGAAAAGAACAGCUAGGAACACGGUUUGUAGAGAAAACCAAAAAGGGCAUGGACUGUAUGGCUAUGACGGAGGCACAGCAGCAGCCACCGCCGCCGGCGGCAGUACAAUUAACAGAGCUAGUUUUCUUACUAGAGCAAGCAAACCAGAUGGCAAAACAACUCCCUGCCACAUCAGACCCAACCUACCUCUUCCAAAUCUAUUCCUCACUUCAUCAAGCCCAUCAUUCUCUCUCCUCUUUCCUCUCCGCUACCCAAACUCAAUUUCAUGUUCCUCCUCCUCCUCCUCCUCCUCAGCCUCCUCUACCACCAGUUGCCGCAGAGAACUCUCUGUCCUCCGCCACCGGCGCCGCCAAUGAGGAUGGCAGCGAACCCAUGCAAGUGGGUGAUGAGAAUGAAGCUGAAGCCGAGGAGAAUUCAAAGACAUCAAUUGAUAAGGUUGAGGAGAAGAUGAGGGAAUGCUUUAUCAAGAAUAAGAGGGCAAAGAGGCAGCUUUCGCCAUCGUCUGCUGUGGUGGCGGAGGAGAGGAGGAUUUGUGAAGACAGAUUCGUAGGUGGAAUAAUGGGUUUUGAUCCUCUGGGGGAAAAGUUGCGGGCUUUGGAUCUUGUCUACCAGUUUCAUGGUUGAACUAUAGACAGGGCUGAAACAAAACAGGCUACAGAGAAAUUAUAACAUUUACUAAGCAGGAGGGAAGCAGAAUAUAUUAUAUGCGUUUCGUCAAAUUCAGGAUCAGAAAA